GGCGGGGCGCGACGUCAUCACCUCGCGCGCAGCACCGCCCGCGCCCCGGCCGGCCGCCGCCGCCAUGGAGUCGAACAGGGACGAGGCGGAGCGGUGCAUCGGCAUCGCGCUGGCCGCCGUCAAGGCCAACCAGCCCGAGCGGGCCCGCCGCUUCCUGGAGAAGGCGCAGCGCCUCUACCCCUCGCCGCGGGUCCGCGUUCUCCUUGAGUCACUCAACAAGAGCGAGCCAUCAUCCAACGGGCAGUCCCAGGCCCGGGAGCCCCCAAACGCCCAGUUCAGGAAGGCAGGAGGGGACUUCCCAUCGGCCAAUGGGGAGGCUGGCGGGGAGGCCCCCAAGGGCUACACGCAGGACCAGGUGGAUGCCGUGAAGAGGGUAAAGCAAUGCAAAGAUUACUACGAAAUUCUGGGAGUCAACAGAGAAGCUUCUGAUGAGGACUUGAAAAAGGCUUACAGGAAACUUGCACUGAAAUUUCACCCAGAUAAGAACCACGCACCAGGGGCUACAGAGGCAUUUAAAGCCAUCGGUAACGCAUAUGCGGUGUUGAGCAACCCGGAGAAGAGGAAACAAUAUGACCAGUUUGGAGAUGAGAAGCUCAACCCUGCUCGGCACGGACAUGCUCAUUCGGACUUCCACCGCGGCUUCGAGGCAGACAUCUCCCCCGAGGACCUCUUCAACAUGUUCUUUGGUGGUGGUUUUCCUUCGAGUAACGUUCAUGUGUACAGCAAUGGCAGGAUGCGAUACACCUAUCAUCAGAGGCAGGACAGACGAGAGCACCAGGGUGAUGGCGGCCUUGGGCUGUUUGUCCAGCUGAUGCCUAUCCUCAUCCUGAUCAUCGUGUCUGCCCUCAGCCAGAUGAUGGUCUCCAGCCCACCCUACAGCCUGAGCCAGAGGCCGUCUGUGGGUCACGUACAUAGGAGAGUGACAGAGCACUUAAAAGUUAUCUACUACGUAUCUGAGAACUUUGCGGAGGAGUACACGGGCACGAACUUGAAAAAUGUGGAAAGGAGCGUGGAGGACGACUACAUUGCAAACCUUCGAAAUAACUGCUGGAAAGAGAAGCAGCAGAAGGAAGGCUUGUUGUACCGGGCACGCUACUUCGGAGACACGGAGCUGUACCAGCGAGCACAGAAGAUGGGCACCCCCAGCUGUAGCAGACUGUCAGACGUACAAGCCUCUCUGCAUGGAUAGUCGCUGCCGGCCCGCUCAGCAGAGGUCUAAGUACGAGCUGGUGGCGCUUCCUGUGGCAGCAGAACACGGCACACUAGUGCUUUUAACACUUAAAUGUCUGAGGCACAAGUCUUCACGUGUCUCUUCCAGAUGCACAAACGUAAUGGGGAGAGGCAGCCCCCUCUGUCAAGCCUACACUCCUUAAUUGGGAAAUCGAUUUUGUUUAGCUUGCAUGUCAGCACCCCCGGCUCUCUCCAAGCUCGCAUUGCUGGUGUUGGUUCUCUAGGAACAAAGCAGAAGCCCCAGGCGCGCUGGCAGCCGGCUGAGCUCUUGUCAACUGCGCCUUUGAUGCAGUGCCGCGUGCACCUCAGCUGGUUGGAAGUUCUAUUCCUUAUCUCGCUAAGCCUUGACCAGCCGUGGCAGCCUGCCACCACAUUUUAAAGAACCCUUUUUCUUGCUUUCUUGUCUGUUUUAUUGAAAAAGUUGUUAUCCCAUGGCACUGUGGUGACUGUUAGAAAGCAGGCAUUCCUUGCCUACCUCUUACCUUGCCGUGACGCUCCAGGAGAACAGAUCAAAGGGUCAGAGCUCACAGCAGGGGCUAGGAGCAGCUCGGCGUGUUAAACUGGAAAACAAAGGAAAAGCAGCGGGGUGGGAGCCUGGAGAGCAGUGGGUGGGAGAGCUGGAGUCCGGGGAGCCCGCGCAGCGCAGAGGAGAGCGGGUGUGCUGGGUCAUGGGAGAGCUGAUAAAACAAUGAAAGCUUUGGCACAGAGUUCAGAGUCCUUUUUCUGCUUAAUUAUCUGGGCUGGAGGCCCAUACGGGCCUCAUCUAACCACGUUUCUUGAAAGCUGGGUUUCUGUAGGAAGUAAGUGGAAGGUGAAGUUUUAGUUGCAGGGGCACCACUGAGGCUUGACGCUGGACACCUAGCUGUUGGAUUUCCUGGCACCAGUGAGGAGGUUUAGCAGUGGAGUUUUUCUUUAUUUUCCUUGGCUAAUGGAGCACGUCUUGAAGCAAAUCCUCUGGGUUGUGCUUGGCCUCUCCUGGUGUUCUCUGGCUUUGGUUUUCUUGGUACACCCACUCUUGUUUUCCCUUGCACCUCUCAUGUCAGGGCAGGCUGGCGUUAAGAACCAGGAAAGAGACAGUGCGCCGCGUGCCCACGGUGCCGGAGCAGAGGGGCUGUGCUGGUGGCAGGACAGAGCAGGACGGGAGGAGCCAGCUGCUGCGACGCAGGGACGGGUGGGCAGCGGAGGGGGCACCGUGCCGGGGACUGACACCGUUACCGCUCUCGUUCCCAGACCCUUGACAUGCCUGAAGACUUUUGGUGAAGCGCACUGUGCCGAGGUGACAGACUUUCUAUUUAAAGAAUGAAACCUUAUAUUAAAAUGGAAUUGAGAUUAGCAACGCACAACCGCCCUCUUUCUUCUCUCUGCCCGUCUCCGCCGGUGGACGUCGCAGGUGGCAGUUAGGACAGGAGCUGGCGGCCCGUCGUCCUCAUUCCCUGCCCGCAGCACCACUGUGCAACGGCCUGGUUGGCCAAAGGAGACCCUCGUGGGAGAGAGAAACCGGACAAUUGGGUGAUAAAGAAAACUUUUAAAGAAAGAAAAUGGAAUCUAUUUAGAAUUAAUUUAUAGCUGUAUAUAUGUUGUACUGUUAAACUAUGCAGGGGUUGGAUGAUUAAAUUAUUUUGUUCUGCGCUUG